UUCACUGCCUGGUGCAACUCACACCUGCGCAAGGCCGGCAUCCAGAUGGAGAAAAUCGAGGAGGACUUCCUCAAUGGCCUUAAACUCAUGUUGCUCCUGGAGGUCAUUUCAGGAGAGAGGCUGCCCAGGCCAAACAAAGGCAAGAUGCGCUUCCACAAAAUCGCCAAUGUCAACAAGGCCCUGGACUUCAUUGCCAGCAAGGGGGUUAAGCUGGUGUCCAUAGGUGCCGAAGAGAUCGUCGACGGGAACCUAAAGAUGACCCUGGGCAUGAUCUGGACCAUCAUCCUGUGCUUUGCCAUCCAGGACAUCUCCGUGGAGGAAACCUCUGCCAAGGAAGGCUUGCUCCUGUGGUGCCAGCAGAAGACAGCGCCGUACUGCAAUGUCAAUGUACAGAACUUCCACACGAGCUGGAAGGAUGGCCUGGCCCUCUGUGCUCUCAUGCACCGACACUGCCCCGACCUCAUCGACUAUGCCAAGCUGCGCAAGGAUGACCGCAUUGGCAACCUGAACACUGCCUUUGAGGUAGCAGAGAAAUACUUAGAUAUCCCCAAGAUGUUGGAUGCAGAAGACAUCGUGAACACCCCAAAGCCCGAUGAGAAGGCCAUGAUGACCUACGUUUCCUGCUUCUACCAUGCUUUUGCAGGGGCUGAGCAGGCCAAGACAGCCGCCAACAGGAUCUGCAAGGUGCUGGCCGUGAAUCAGGAGAACGAGAAGCUGAUGGAGGAGUAUGAGAAGCUCACCAGCGAUCUGCUGGAGUGGAUCCACCGCACCAUACCGUGGCUGGAGAACCGUGUGGGCGAGCCCAGCACGGGGGCCAUGCAGCACAAGCUGGAGGACUUUCGGGACUACCGGCGCCUGCGCAAACCGCUCUGCGUGCAGGAGAAGUGCCAGCUGGAGAUCAACUUCAACACGCUGCAGACCAAGCUGCGACUGAGCCACCGGCCCACCUUCAUGCCCUCCGAGGGCAAGCUGGUCUCGGAUAUUGCCAAUGCAUGGCAAGGCCUGGAGCAAGUGGAGAAGGGCUAUGAGGACUGGCUGCUCUCAGAGAUCCAGCGCCUGCAGUGGCUCCAACACCUGGCUGAGAAGUUCAAGCAGAAGGCCUCCCUGCAUGAAGCCUGGACCCGGGGGAAGGAGGACCUGCUGAGCCAACGCGACUUUGAGUCGGCCUCGCUGCAGGAGGUGCGGGCGUUGCUGCGGCGCCACGGGGCCUUGGAGAGCGACCUGGCGGCGCAUCAGGACCGCGUGGAGGACAUCGCGGCGCUGGCCCAGGAGCUCAAUGAACUGGACUACCAUGACGCAGCCUCGGUGAACAGCUGCUGCCAGGCCAUCUGUGACCAGUGGGACAAUCUGGGCACGCUGACCCAGAAGAGGCGGGAUGCGCUGGAGCGGACCGAGAAGCUCCUGGAGACCGUAGACCAGCUGCAGCUCGAGUUUGCCCGGCGGGCAGUGCCCUUCAACAACUGGCUGGAUGGUGCUGUGGAGGACCUGCAGGACGUGUGGCUGGUGCACUCGGUGGAUGAGACCCAGAGCCUGUUGACAGCACAUGAGCAGUUCAAGGCGACAUUGCCUGAGGCUGACCGAGAGCAAGGUGCCAUCCUAGGCAUCCAGGGUGAGAUCCAGAUUUGCCAAACCUAUGGGCUGCGGCCCAGCUCUGCCAACCCUUAUGUCAACCUGAGCCCACAGGACAUCAACACCAAGUGGGACACGGUCCGAAAGCUGGUCCCCAGCCGUGACCAGAGCCUGCAGGAGGAGCUAGCCCAGCAGCAGGUGAAUGAGAGGCUCCGGCGACAGUUUGCGGCCCAGGCCAAUGCUGUCGGGCCCUGGAUCCAGGCAAAGGUGGAGGAGGUGGGGCGCCUGGCAGCAGGGAUGGCCGGCUCUCUGGAGGAGCAGAUGGCUGGGCUGUGGCAGCAAGAGCAAAAUAUCAUUAACUACAAGAGCGACAUCGACCGGCUGGAGGGAGACCACCAGCUGCUGCAGGAGAGCCUGGUGUUUGACAAUAAGCACACCGUCUACAGCAUGGAGCACAUCCGUGUGGGCUGGGAACAGUUGCUCACCUCCAUCGCCUGCACCAUCAAUGAGGUGGAGAACCAGGUACUGACACGAGAUGCCAAGGGCCUGAGCCAGGAGCAGCUCAAUGAGUUCUGGGCAUCCUUCAACCACUUUGAUCGGAAGCAGAAUGGGAUGAUGGAGCCCGAUGACUUCCGGGCCUGCCUCAUCUCCAUGGGCUAUGACCUGGGGGAAGUGGAGUUUGCUCGCAUCAUGACCAUGGUGGACCCCAAUGCAGCUGGAGUCGUAACCUGUCAGGCCUUCAUCGAUUUCAUGACCCGAGAGACAGCCGAGACUGACACGGCUGAGCAAGUUGUGGCCUCCUUCAAGAUCCUGGCAGGAGACAAGAACUACAUCACCUCUGAGGAACUGCGGCGGGAGCUUCCCACUGAGCAGGCUGAGUACUGCAUCUGCCGUAUGGCCCCCUACAAGGGCUCCGGGGCUCUGGCUGGAGCCCUGGACUAUGUGGCCUUCUCCAGUGCCCUCUAUGCGGAAAGCGACCUCUGACCUCUGACCUCAAGCCCUGGGGUUCACUACACAAGUCAGAGAGGAUGCUCCCUCUAGCUGAUCCUGUCCAUCCCUUGGAGCAAGGGCCUCAGAGAAGGGCCAGCCAAGUGCUUCUGAAUAAUGAUCCGUCUGUGGGCCUCUA